AUGGCGCCCAAGAGAGCCGGUCGCAUGAGCAUCUUUAGGAAGGGCACGGCCGAACUGUUCUCCAAGAAAUGGCCGCGGCUGUUCUUCCUUACUGCCGCCCUACAAGCCAUCAUCUGUAUGGUAUUCGAGGCUUACACCUUUGCCAAGUUCCAGUACGGCCUGUACGAUAUGGACCAACCACAGUUCAGGGAUAACUCAGAUAUCCAAUCUCAACUCAAGACGAUCCCGACCUUUCUCGGCUUAUUUAUCCUCGGUUUCAUCUACGUGGUCGUGAUGGUAUGGGAUGCCCUCCUUAUGAAGAAUACCAUCCAGGUCAUUGGACUAUGCAUCGCCAACCUCGCACUUCUCGUCUACGGCGGUUUACAAAUCGACCAGAUUCAUUCGGCCGUCGUGUUCCUAGUUGACAAUUCAGCUUUUAAGGAUAAGUACAUCUGGAACGAAGUACAAGGGCUCUUGAUUGCCAUCCCAUGCAUCAUUGCUUUGACGACCCUCGUCCUCGGCGCCCUCUCCUGGAAGCUCUACCAGGAAUUCGCAUGGGACAUCCUGAAGCAUAUAGGAGCUGACUACAGGAUGAAGAAGCGGUUCCUACACUACCAAGUCUACAUCGCUCUCUUGAAGUUUGAUUUCUUCUUCUUCAUCGGGUUUACGAUCCAGUUUUUGGUAGUUGUCGGUGGCAAAUCACCCGUGGAAUUUGGCUUGACCGCUGCUGCCAUCCCGGUCACCAUCGCCAUCCUGCUAUGCGCCGCCUGGUUCACUCGACGCGAGUGGAAGUCAGGCAUGAUAGUCGUCAUGAUACUCUAUCUUGGUGGACUGACGUACUUCAUCUUCAAGCUGGUCAGAAUUUACGAGCCGGGCGAGGCUAGUUACUAUAUGCCCGUGCGUAAGUCUCUGACUGCAUUUGCGGUACUCACCAUCAUCCUUAUUAUCAUGACCAUCAUCAAUGCCAUGGUCUGCAUGUUCAACUUCGGUCACGGCCUCAAGCAACAUCUGCUUAGCGGCCCGCGACCAGAGCUCGACAAGGACCAAGCUAGUUACUCCAUGCACGACGUCAAGCAGUCGCAGCUACCCAGUAGGAUGACGAUCGACUAA